CAGUAUCCCUCCUGCCCCAGAUGUUUCCGAAGGUUAUAAGGGAAAUGGAAAGUACGAACCUCUGAAAGAACAUAAGGUAGAUGUUGAUGAAGUAGACCACCCUGGACAAAAGUCCAAGUUUGAGGCAAAAUCUCACACACAGACCCAGCAAGACCAUCUCAAGAAUCUGACCAAAACUUUUUUAGCCCAUGAAUGGAUCCCUCGAGUGGUGUUUGGUGUGGUUCAGGUUAGGAAAGUUCGUCUUCUAGCAUUGCUGAGUGGGUUAAAGCUUGAAGGAGAACUUAGUGGGCUUCAUACCAGCCUGACGCAGAAGGAGAAGGCUAGAGCUUCGAGAAAAUGGAGUGAAUCAUCUCUAACAGGUCAGCUUGGGCAGACUCUGCUGGCACUGUUGGAAGGACUUCCUCCAAAUCAGCAGACUGUUGUGAAAAUGUCUGUGGGAAAAUCACAAGCCCUGUGUUCCAGUCAGAGUAAGAAAGGAAAAGACAGAAACUCAGCAUUGCUGACUAUUGGCCCUGUUCAUAUAAACAUACCACAGCAUCCUGUAGCUCUUCACGGCAUGGUCACUCGAAGCAGUAGACAGCUGUCCACAACAUUACAGGAACUAAGGUCCUCCCGUCAGUCCUCUAGGAUCAACCGUCACGCGGAGGACUAUGGUACUGGGGUGAUUUCUCAUUCUCCACAGCCUCAGGUUGAUACUUACCGUAAUUACAGGACAGCUGCUCCAGAGCACCACUUAAUCCACCCUAUCAUUAUACAGUUCAGCAUCAUUGUUGAUAGCCUUACUGUGGGUGCGGCUCUUCUGCCCUCCCUUCAGGCUCAGUACCAGAUGGGACAGGUCAUCAGUAUGGGAGUUACUGGAAGUAAAGCCAAAUUUACCAUAGACCUGCCACAACACACACUGAGCUUCAGUACCAAGGUCCCACCAUCUGAAGCUAACCUACCGUCUUCAGCCUGUAUUGAUCUUCCUCCAGUACACAUAUCAGCGGAGUACAUCCAAGACUCAGCCACUUCGGCUACAACAAAGAUGGAUUCAUUUACAGAUGGAGUAGUGCUACGUCAGGGUAGUUAUGUGAGUGCUAUGGCAGAAAUAGGAACCUUCGAACAUAGCUUAACCACAGAUCUGUUAAACCAUCUCUUGUUAGCCCAGAAAGUUUUCAUGAAGGAAGUUAAUGAAGUUGUACAGAAGAUGUCUGGAACAGAUAAACCUGUGCCUAUUUUGAUAGAGGAAGAAAAGACUCCCGAGUCCCAGAUGCGACGUCUGCUUUUCUCCCUUCAGCUAAGACUUAAAGGUAUACAAAUCACAGCAACUACUCCAACCAGCAGUGCUGUGAGACUUGAAACUGGCACAGUAGAAUUACAACUGUCGAAUCGUGUCCAGAACCUCUCUGCUGGAGGGACUAGUGGAGGUGGAUACAUGAAACUGUUUGGUAAAGCCCAAGUAGAUCUGAAUUUGGCUCUAGGGCAACUUAUCAAGAAUGCGUUAUUUGAAGAAGCAGAACCAGAAUUUCAACAGUUUGCAUAUUUUAAAACAAGGAUUUGUAUGAGAAAUGCUCUUCAGGAUGAAAUGAUUUCUAGCCAAGCUGAAGAUAAAGAAGCAGUACUGAUUACAUUAAACAGGCCUCUUAUUUAUAUCCAACCUAUUGCUUUGGAUAAAGCUGUUCUGGUGUGGCUAAACUACAAGAAUGCUUAUGAGUAUUGGACUGAACAGAGAGCCAGUUUAAAUAAAGAGGUAUUAACUGCUACACAACAGGUGUUUGAAAAAGUGCCUCAGAUAUCCCAACUCAGCACUCAAAGUCUUGGGACGCUCUUCUUACAGCUGACAGUAGAUGACAUGGGAAUCUGUGUACCCCUUAACACUUACUCAGGGAGCACAAGUGGAACCAGCAAGCUUUAUGACACAGAACUGAAGGCCGCAGUUGUUGUCACUUUAGAAAGUACUAGAAUAUCAGCCUGCUCCUGUGGAUCUUUGGUCAGCAAGGGAAGGUUCUCAGCACUUUGUAUUCGAUUUGCUGAAGACUUUGAAACCUUUCUGGAUGAAUGGAAACCAGAUCCAAAUGAUACCAGUAUCAUGAACCUGUGUGUUGUUUCAGAAGGAACCUAUGAAGUUUGUUCAAGAACCAUUGCUCCUCAAGGAAACAGCAAUGCCAAGUGGAUCUUGAAUGUUCAGUGGCAGAUGGAAGGUGUUGACAUUCAUGUUGACACCAGCAUUGGAAAGGAACUUUCUGCUCUAUUUAAGACUCUGACAGCACUGACAGGAGAAGAAGAAGAGACUGAUGAGGUUGAUCAUGAUAGCAUGAAGGGAGGACAAGACAGCAGUCACAUUAGUUCUGUACAGGAGCCAGUAGUAAUACGAAAAGGAAGCAUUUUAACAGAAGCUUUGCCAUCUUUCUUAUUGGAUCCAAACAUGGAUGCCAAAAAGCGGUCCAGAUUGAUUGAGAAGGAGAUGAAUGAACAAGCUAAGAUUAUCAAUGAUCUCAGGUUGCUUGGUGCAAGCCAGAACACCAUCCAGCACGAAAUGAGACGGCUACAGGAGCUGGAAGCUGCUGUGUUCAACGAUUUUCGUAGAGACUGGAUCAAGAAACUGAGGAAACAAAGUGUAAAACAAGCAAGCUCUAUCAAAGACAAGCUGGGAUUAGGCACUCGUACUAGUGGCACGCCUGUCCAACCUUUAUCCUUGAUCUUGCCUGAAGAGGCUGGUAAGAAAAAGGUACUGAACACGUUACCCUCCCCCAGCAGUUUGGACAGUUCUCCUACUCAUUCCCAUAUAAGAACUGCAUCCCUAGACAUGUCUGAUCUCAGUGUACCAGAGAAAGCCAUCGUUCACAAAGAGCUUUCUUUGGACAGUGUAUUUUCUCCAAGUUUGUCAGCUGAAGAUGAGCUGUAUAGCAACACUCCUACACCAUCUCCAACUGGAGAUAAUUCACCAUUGCCAUUGCCUAAAACUCUGUCUUCUCCACAUGCAAUAAGAAGAUCUCUUCAUGCAAUUCCUAAAAUAGAUGGCCAGUCACAAGUUUCAAAGUCACCUGGGGACACCAAAAAGACAGGAUAUGCUACUCCUGGGGCAACUAGUAGUGGUGUGAGCUCCUUUAAGCAGCCUCCAGUGGAACCAAAUAUCGACUUUGAGCUGGACAUACAGGUGUUUUUUAACAGUGGCAAAUGUGUGUUGCACACUAAGGAUCCAUCCAAAGAAGAUGAAGCAGUUUUAAGGAGAUCCAUGCAGAAAGAAAGAAGUAUUUCAGGGGGACUGCUAGACAUUUCAUCUCCUAGUCAUAGUAAGCGAAGGAGUGGAGGAAGAAGCAAUAUUUACUCUUCACGUCAAAGGUACCAGAACAUUCCAGCUGUUGGUCAAAUUGCUGACUUCACUGUACUGUUGAUACCUGGUUUGGAUAUCAAGGUAGGUUAUCAGUACCUUCUUUUCAUUAUAG